CUGAUUGGUUAUAUUUAAGUAGUAACUAGGGAAUAUAGUGGUCUUUACUGUCUAGGUAUCCUUAGAUCUUAUUACUAAGUCACACGAGACCACCACAGCCAUUAUACAAGAGAUGCCUCUUCCUCAGACUGUAGAGAACCGUAACCAAGGAGUCCGAAUGUUGCCACAGUGACGGAGGAUGCUGCAACUCCACAGUCCAGAUAAAGAAAACGGUGCCCAGAGAACCCACCUGGACCUCUGUACUUCCCGGGUUAUCUGAGAGAGCCGUGCUCCAUUAUGAAAAGAUACAGUUCCUUGGCCACCUUAGCUGCAUGCGUCUCUCAGUUUUCCUCUCUUUCCUUCAGGUUGUCCUACUGAACCCCGCGGAGCCCAGGGACCACCGCUACCAUGACGACUGCCAUCCUGGAGCGCCUGAGCACCCUGUCUGUGAGCGGGCAGCAGCUGCGCCGUCUGCCGAAGAUUCUGGAAGAAGGGCUUCCCAAGAUGCCAUGCACCGUCCCAGAAACCGACGUGCCCCAGCUCUUCCGGGAGCCGUACAUCCACGCAGGCUACCGCCCCACGGGGCACGAGUGGCGUUACUACUUCUUCAGCCUCUUUCAGAAGCACAACGAGGUGGUCAACGUCUGGACCCACUUGCUCGCGGCCCUGGCGGUCCUUUUGCGAUUCUGGGCCUUUGUGGAGGCAGGGGCAUUGCAGUGGGCUUCUCCCCACACCCUACCCCUGCUCCUCUUUAUCCUGUCGUCAAUCACUUACCUCACCUGCAGCCUCUUGGCCCACCUGCUGCAGUCCAAGUCAGAGCUGUCCCACUACACCUUUUACUUUGUGGACUACGUCGGGGUCAGUGUCUACCAGUAUGGCAGCGCCUUGGCUCACUUUUUCUAUAGCUCUGACCAGGCCUGGUACGAGCGGUUCUGGCUUUUCUUCCUGCCGGCGGCUGCUUUCUGUGGCUGGCUGUCCUGUGCUGGCUGUUGCUAUGCCAAGUAUCGCUACCGACGGCCUUAUCCAGUUAUGCGGAAGAUCUGUCAAGUGGUACCGGCGGGGCUGGCCUUCAUCCUAGACAUCAGCCCCGUGGCGCACCGCGUGGCUCUCUGCCACCUGGCCGGUUGCCAGGAGCAGGCGGCCUGGUACCACACCCUCCAGAUCCUCUUCUUCCUUGUCAGCGCGUACUUCUUCUCAUGCCCUGUCCCCGAGAAGUACUUCCCCGGUUCCUGUGACAUUGUGGGCCACGGACAUCAAAUCUUCCACGCCUUCCUUUCCAUCUGCACGCUCUCCCAGCUGGAGGCCAUUCUUCUGGACUAUCAGGGACGCCACGAGAUCUUCUUCCAGCGCCACGGCCCCCUGUCUGUCUACACGGCCUGUCUCUCCUUUUUCUUUUUAGCCGCAUGCAGUGCGGCCACCGCCUCCCUCCUGAGGCACAAGGUCAAGGACAGACUGAUUAAGAAAGAUUCCUGAGGUCCGCGGAUGAGGAACGGUGUGGAGGUGGGCUACUGCGACUGGGAGAAAACUUGGCCCAAUAAUAGAAGUUGACUUUUUAUUCUUAAGGCUUGAUUUUUUUUUAAAUUAAUAUGUAUUACAGGCUGAGGAUGAAACUCAAUUGGUAGAGAGUGCCAUAUAGCAUGUAGGAAGCCCAGAGUUUGAUCCCCAGUGCAGCAAAAGCCAGAAUAGUAGCACUCAAGGAGGCAGAGGCAGGAGGAUCAGAAAUUCUAGGUCGUCCUCCAACACGCAGUGAGUCCAAGGCUAGCCUCUGAUACGUGAUAUCUUAUCUCAAGAAUAGAGAUUGCUAUGUAUUUCAAAGGCAUGGUGUGGCUAUGGAAUUUCAAAUGCAGGGCAUUUGAGAGUUUUCAAAAUGAAUAUUCAUUCUUCUGUCUGGGUUGUAGCCUUGUUUGGGAAGAGAUCUUAGCUAAGAUUUAUGAGAUCCCAAACUAAAGAGAACCGUCCUCACCCAUGGGCGAUGAGCAGAAUUCUGGUUGUGGCUUCAAAGGCCCAGUCCUGAAACUGGACAGAUAGUCAAAUCGGACAGCCAAGUACACUGUGGCUGCUCCUCACCCUAACGGGGCAGUCACCCUCCGCUGCUGGCCUUGAUAUCUGUGUCAAUUGAGCCAAGGACUCUGUCUUCUUGUCAGAAUUUCAGCUUGUCUAGGGUGGAGGAAAUCAGAAUCUUCAAGAAGAUUCACGGGAACUCUUAGACAGAAUGAACUUUCGAUUUCUACGAUUUCUGGUCUCAACCACUGCUUUGACUCUCAGGAUAACCAGGUAGCUGGCCGAUUUGCCUGAAGUACUACUGUUCUCACCCCGAGGCUGCAUGGUGAUAUAAAGAGUUCUGGUUCUGAAGCUAUCACCCUUCCAGGAAAGGCUCGGAGCCGGCCAUACGAACAUUCAGGAAGCCGAUUCUCGUGUAACACAGAGACAUCAACAAAUUUAACAAUGCCAGGAGCUACCAGGAGACACCCAGUCAGCAAACGUGGAUAUACUUGUCUGUUUGCUGCCCCUGGGGCCCUUCUAGUUUCUAUCUGUGGACUGCAGUAUUAACUGCCAGCUUCUUUGGGGUUAUCUGAAGGUUUGAACUCUUUUAAAACCAUGGCUCUAAAGUUCUUCGAGGGAGCUGAUUAUUUUAAGCGGGUCCUAAGAUCCAAGAUUCAAAUUUUUGUUAGAUGUCGGCCCUGUGAAGGACCAACACAGCUACCCCAAUUCAGGCUCCUCAAAACAGGCAGUCCCACCUCAGAUUUGAGAAGAAACCUUAAAACGGGUCCUAGGACGGGUAAAUGUGUGCUCACUGUCGUGGGCCCCUCCCUGAAGGUCCGUUGAGUAAGAACGAGGUACCUGAUUGCCAAAUGCGCUGUUUAUGACAUUGCUGCCAGCAGCCGCCGGGAGGGGAGUGGCGCUCGCAGCUGCUAUGUUCUGGCCACGCAGCUCUCCCCGAGGACGAGGACUGUCUUCUGCAUGAAUCCAGUGAAGGAGGCUGUGGUCGAGGAAGGGCUGAGAUGUCCUCUACUCAUAGGCUGCAUUUCCCACCAGUAUAAGGUCCCAGUGUACUAAAAAGGGACGCUUUAGUCUUCAAUCCCAGUUUAAUGUUCCUCCUCCACUACUAGGUCACUUGCUGGUCUUAAAACCUUUGUUCUCUA